AUGGCCAUCCAAAGGAGUGUCGCAAAUGCGUCCUCGGUCGCAAUGAGGAUAGGAGCCCUUCUGUUCUUCCGUGCUUUUCCCGCUCGGCUGCCGUCUAUAAUCUUUGCUCUGUUUGCCAUAUACAUUCCUGCUUUCUUGACGAGUUUCUUUGCUCCGCCCGAGCUUGAAGUUGUGGAUGAUGAAGUCGACAUCACGGUCAAGGAGACUGUAGUCACGCCGGAUGACGAACCGGACCAGGAGCUGGUCGCGGAUGAAGUCGACGUAAAGGAAACCAUUUCCUUCUCCGAAAAGGAUGUACCGGCGUGGAAAAUCAUCUUCUACGGUGCCCCGAGUUCAAAGCGACCCUUCAGCUCCUUGCUGAGCUUUCUCAUUAACCUGGCAUUCGUUGCCCUUACGGCCGAUGCCUUGUACCGCGCCCGCUGGUACUAUCCUGCCGAGGACCUGUCAUUUGUGCGACUCGGCUAUGUCUCUCACAACGAGGCCAACUUUCUCAUCCGGGAGCCUGACCAGGCCAAGAUGCCCGUCACUUUCCAGAUCCGUCAUUACAACGGCCUCAUCUGGCAAUCUGUCGGCAGCGUCAAGGCCACCACCAACGAAACGGACUUCACCAGCGUUCUCACCAUUCCGCUCCUGAGCUAUACUGAGCAGCAAAAGUAUGAGUGGCGAACGUCCAACAAUCACACGGGUGAGCUGACUGCGGCGCCCCAGCCUGGGAAGAUGCCGACUCAGAACGGAGGCAAAUACACCUUCUUGUCCACCUCGUGCAUCCUGCCGCGUUUCCCUUACUCCCCCUUUGAUCAUCCGCUGGCCAUCCCAGGACUGCGGAAUCUUGCCAAGAGACUCCCUGAGCUGAGUGCGCAAUUCAUGCUCUUCCUGGGCGACUUCAUCUACGUCGAUGUUCCCGAGCGCUUUGGCCGGUCUGUCGACGAGUACCGCAUGCAGUAUCGUCAGGUAUAUGCCUCUCCGGAUUGGGCUCCUGUUGGCCAGAACUUGAGCUGGAUACACGUAUUGGAUGAUCACGAGAUUGCGAAUGAUUGGGAUGCCAACACCACUGGGGUUUACGAGAACGCCGUCAACCCGUGGCACAUCUACCAGGCUCAAAUCAACCCUCCGCGUGCUGUGAGGGCUGGCACGGCGAGUGAGCGCCGACAGGGUGCCACAUGGUUUGAGUUUGUGCAGGGCCCCGCGAGCUUCUUCAUGCUCGACACUCGCAGCUACCGAUCCAGCAACUCGCUGCCCUUCAAUGCGACGGAGAAGACGAUGCUCGGCCCCGAUCAGCUGGCUGACUUCCUGGCCUGGCUUGCUCGACCCGAACCCAAGGGCGUCAGGUGGAAGUUCGUGGCGUCGUCCAUUCCUUUCACCAAGAACUGGCCCGUGAACGUGAAGGACACUUGGGGCGGAUUCUUGGUCGAGAGAAAGAAGAUCCUUGAAGCCAUGUGGGAUGUCGCCGCCCGCGGUAUCGGCGUCGUCAUCUUGUCAGGAGACAGGCACGAGUUUGCCGCAACCAAGUUUCCACCCCCUCCGGAGUCCGACUGGCCCGAGGAGUCGACUGUCUACGAGUUUUCAACCAGUCCGCUCAAUCAGUUUGCUUCCCCGAUUCCUUCCUACAGCCAGGUAGACGACGAAGAUGUCUUGAUGCAAUAUCAUCACUCCGGCAUGUCCAAGUUUGGCUCGUUCACCAUUGAAGAGGAAGACGGUGAAAGCAAGCUCCUUUACCGGCUCUUCAUCAGCGGCGAUGAAAAAUGGAACACGACCAUUACAGCUCCGCCCGUUCCUCCUGAGGAGGAGAAGAAUGCUUCUUCAGGAUCUUUUUGGGAUAGGCUUAGGGGUUGGUAG